CCCCCGCCCUGGCCCCGCCGAUGACCACCGCCCAGUUCCUGACGCCUCCCUCCCAGCACAGCUACUCCUCCCCGAUGGACCACACGCCCAGCCACCAGCUGCCGGUCUCCGACCACCCCUUCCUCACCCCGUCCCCGGAGUCGCCCGACCAGUGGUCCAGCUCCUCGCCCCAUUCCAACCUCUCCGACUGGUCCGAAGGCAUCUCCAGCCCGCCCACCAGCAUGGCGUCGCAAAUGGGACACAUCCCGGAGGCCUUCAAGUAGAGGAGGCAUCGUCUCCGAAAAACCUUCCGCCAGCGAGUGGGCGGGGGGGGAUCCCGGGCGGUGUCCUCGUGCAGAGAGGCUCCGGCGAAACCCGGGAUGAUUUCCUCGCGCAGAGACGCUCCGGCGAAACUCCAGGAUGAUUUCCUCGCGC